AUGGCAUCACAAGAACUGAAACAACAUGCCACUUUCCAACCUCCCCGUGUUCCACAGAGCCAAGCAAAGCCGGGACUCGAAAAUAAUAUGCAGCCGGCUAGUGAACCGACACAGCUUGAAGCCGAUGGCUUUGUCGAAUACGUUGGAAAUAACAAAUUGAAAGACAAGAAUGUGCUGAUUACUGGGGAGAGUGAGUACAGUUUCCUGGCUGUUGCGAGAAGGCCCUUGCUAAACAAAGACGAUAAUCUGUCUAGCUCUGGGAUUGGUCGAGCCGUUGCUGUUCUCAUGGCAAGGGAAGGUGCCGAUGUGACAAUCGCCCAUCUUCCUGAGGAGCAAGAGGACGCGGAAGACACCAAGAAAAUGGUGGAAGCUGAAAACAGAUCCUGCUUUCUCUUUGCGGGCGAUUUGACCAACUAUGAGAAUUGCCGUCAAGUUGUUGAUGAGCACUUUCGAAGCUACGGAAGUCUCAACAUCCUUGUGAACAAUGCAUCUCAACAAUUCAUGUGCAAGACAUUUACGGAUAUUGAUCUCAACAAUGUUGAACAUGUCUUUCGAAGUAACGUCCUGCAAAUGUUUGCAAUGACCAAAUAUGCACUUACAUACAUGAAGAAAGGAGACACAAUCAUCAAUACAACUUCCGUCGUCACCUUUCGAGGCUCUCCUAGUAUGGUUGAUUAUGCCGCGACCAAAGCAGCUAUUGUAGGGUUUACACGCUCCCUAGCGACCCAAUUGAUCCCAAAGGGUAUAAGGGUCAAUGCCGUGGCGCCUGGCGCCAUCUAUACCCCAAUCCAACCUGAUACACGAACAGCAAAGCAGAUGGAAGGUUGGCACGCGAAUAGCCCACUCGGACGCCCCGGACAGCCAAGUGAGGUUGCUCCUACUUUUGUAUUCCUGGCUAGCCCUGAAGCUUCCCUUUACUAUGGCCAAACCCUGCAUUGUUAUCCUAUCGGUGAUUGA